CAGACACACUAUUGCGGUGCUGCCGAAGAUCUCUCUGGAUUUGAUGUUGUGGAUUUAGCUUUUGUUUUGGAUUAUAAAGAUUGCUUUCUUGGUGAGAAUAGGAAUCCUUAACACUGGCACUUAGCAGGCAUGUAGAUACGGCACUGAAAUCCAACCCAGCGGAGUUUUCCAAUACAAUUUAUUACCACAGAUGAUCACAUAAAAAUGCUCAGGACGCAGUCUUCAGCCUUGCCAUUUGAUUUUCAGCAAGAAACAGAAUUUCUUCUUUUCAGGUGAACUUUUGCCACUCAAGUGUUUGGAUUGCAAUGUGAUAUUAGAAGGAACCCCUGUGACUGUGUGUGGGUGAGGAUCCCGGGGGAAGCAAGGGCUGCCUGACAGGAGAUCUGAAGAAUAAUCGGCUGCUCGAUGGGGAUUAACAGAGGAGCUCCCACUUGUGUCGCCUUCCCGUCUCUGUGCUGCCAGCCUACCCCUUUCAGCACUUGCUCCAUAGCAAUCAUGAAACUUGUAUUAACUGAAUGGCAAUUAAUAUGGAUUUUGAAUUGUAGUAGACAGUAAAAACGCACAGCAAAGCCAUAUGAUUUCACAACUCCUUGUUUACCAAAGAGCUGCUGGUGUUCUUCUACCGUGGACCUUUUUGAACCUCUUUUGAAUCCCUGAGGAAGAAAUACAUCCAGAUUUGAAAGAGAAGAAGUCUUCCAAAAAUAAAAGAAAGGAACGUGGUGGUUAUUUAAAAAAAAAAGAAAAAAAAAAACAAAGAAACAAGACAGAUGUGCAAUCAAGGGAGAAGAAACAAGACAACGUCUUAAUUUUGUCCCAGAGUUUUUAAAUUAAAAUCUAUCUAUUUAUAUUAAAAUAUAUCUAUUUAUAAAUAGUCUCUAUACAUAUUGUACUGAAGAAGCUCUAUAUUGAAUGCUCCUGAUGACCAUGGCUCCCCAGAAUGCUGACUCGGUUACUAUGCAAGUGGAGGUUCUGCCGGUGGCUGAGCUCAGGAAGAAGCAGGGCGAGGGCAGGGAGAGCGACAGCCGGGAGGACGCGGAGAGCGAAGCCUCCAUAGACAGGAUCCCUAUGCGGCGCUGGGUGAUGCACGGGGCAGUGAUGUUUGGACGCGAGUUCUGCUAUGCCAUGGAGACGGCCCUCGUCACGCCAGUUCUGUUGCAAAUCGGUCUUCCAGAACAGUACUACAGCCUGACAUGGUUCCUGAGCCCCAUCUUGGGGCUGAUCUUCACUCCCCUGAUCGGCUCUGCCAGUGACCGCUGCACCAUGCAAUGGGGCCGCAGGCGGCCGUUCAUCCUGGCGCUGUGCAUCGGCGUCCUCCUGGGGGUGGCGCUGUUUCUCAACGGGUCAGUUAUAGGUUUGGCCAUUGGCGAUGUUCCCGGUAAGCAGCCCAUUGGUAUAGUCCUGACGGUUCUGGGCGUGGUGGUGUUGGAUUUCUCCGCCGACGCCUCGGAGGGGCCGAUCCGGGCAUACCUGCUGGAUGUGGCAGACACAGAGGAACAAGACAUGGCCCUGAACAUCCAUGCCUUCUCUGCUGGUCUGGGUGGAGCUGUUGGGUACAUGCUGGGGGGUCUGGACUGGACUCAGACCUUUCUAGGGCAGGUCUUCAGGUCUCAAGAGCAAGUUCUGUUCUUCUUUGCUGCUAUCCUGUUCACCGUGUCGGUGGGGCUCCACCUGUUCAGCAUCGAGGAGGAGCAGUACAGCUCCCUGCAGGACCGGCUGGAUGAGACCAAUGGCACGGGCUCCUUCAAGCUCAACUGCAGCCCGGAGGAGAAGGGAGGAGACGAUCGCUGCCGCUUUUACGACGAGGUGCGCUCGGAGCACAACCUGGACAUGGAGUUCCUGGACGUGGGGAUUGUGAGGAGCAAGAGCGACUCCAUGUUGCACGUCACAGACGCCACGCUGGAGUCGGAGCCUGAGCUGCUGUUCCUGCGGGAGAUCGAGCCCUCCAUCUUCCAGGACCACCUGUCCUCCUACCACGGCACCCCGGCACGCAGGAGCAGCAUUGGCAGCAGCAGCCAGGACAUUCUCCGGACCCGGUUCAGUCGGCUGUCUGCUUUCCUGCAGGAGAGCGAGAGGGACGGGGUAGAGAAGCUGCUGGACAUCCACCUGAACGAAGCCAAGGCGCCCAACCAGAAUGGUGAUCCAGUCAGCAAUGGCAGCAAGGGCUUCACCGAGCACACUUGCAUCGGCAUGAAGCAAUCAACCACCUCGGCCUCCAUGCGCCGCCGCCACAUGUUCUACCGGCAGCCCUCCUACACCUUCUCCUACUACGGCAAGGUGGGCACUCACCGCUACCGCUACCGGCGUGCUAACGCCGUGGUGCUCAUCAAGUCCUCCCGUAGCAUGAACGACAUCUACGACAUGCAGAAGCGGCAGAAACGACAGCGGCAGCGGCUGAGGCACCAGAGCGGGAACACCAACUCCAGUGGGGACACAGAGAGCGAGGAGGGGGAGACGGAGACCACCGUGCGGCUGCUGUGGCUCUCCAUGCUCAGGAUGCCCCGCCAGCUCCUGCGCCUCUGCCUCUGCCACCUCCUCACCUGGUUCUCUAUCAUCGCCCAGGCCGUCUUCUACACAGACUUCAUGGGCCAGGUCAUCUACGAGGGGGACCCGCAGGCUCCCACAAAUUCCACCGAGCUGCGCAACUACCACAAUGGAGUGCAGAUGGGCUGCUGGGGGCUGGUCAUCUAUGCAACCACGGCUGCAAUCUGCUCAGCCAUGCUGCAGAAGUACCUGGACAACUGCGAGCUCAGCAUCAAGAUCAUCUACAUCCUGGGAACGCUGGCCUUCGCCAUCGGCACGGCGGUGAUGGCCAUCUUCCCCAAUGUCUACGUAACCAUGGUGAUGAUCAGCACCAUGGGCAUCAUCUCCAUGAGUGUGUCCUACUGUCCAUACGCCCUGCUGGGCCAGUACCAUGAGAUGAAAGAGUAUAUCCACCACAGCCCAGGCAACUCCAGACGAGGCUUUGGGAUCGACUGCGCCAUCCUGUCCUGCCAGGUGUACAUCUCCCAGUUCCUGGUGGCCUCAGCCCUGGGCGGUGUGGUGGAGGCAGUGGGCAGUGUGCGGGUCAUCCCUGUGGUGGCAUCAGUGGGGUCCUUCCUGGGCUUCCUCUCCUCCACAUUCCUCGUCAUUUACCCGCAGACACUGAGCGCCAAUGAGUCCAAGGAAUCGCAGCAAGAGGCGCUGGCCCUGCCCGACGGCUCCCGUGACGUGGAGAAGCCCACCAUUCUGAAGCUGACCCACAAAGAGGCCGCCAAGUCCUGCGAUGUGGAAUGCGAGUCCACGCUGUGAACUGAUGGGCUGCAAAGGAGGACUGUGAAUACGAUCGACAUACACACAUAGAUAAAUGAAUAGAAACAUUCCAACCGCAGAAUCAGUAAAAUGCAGCACGUGUUGCAUGGUUUUAAAGGCAUGCUUGGCUACAGAAUGAAAGCUUUCUGUUUUAUUUCACUGUGGCUGUGUAGUCUUUUAACUGUAGUGGAGUGUGUGAUCUGUCUAUACCUACUGCAGCAGAGUCUUAUAGGGUUUUAGUGAUCUCUUGGAUGGUGAAGCCUGAUUUGGAUAUUUGUUUACCGUAAAAUUGUAAGAUUUUGGCAAAAAAAAAAAAAUCUGAAUGAUUUUGAGGAAUUAACAGUUUUAAUUGCAAGUUUUAUUUUUUUUUCUUUUUACAUUUUGGUUGCAUGUGUCCUAAACAAA